GUGAUGAACAGAAAGCUCCAGCAGGCGGCGCUGUGAACAUUAACACCGCUGUAAAGUCACCACAGAAGGAGCUGCAGUGAGCUUCUAAGAACCACAAUCCUUUAGACCUCAUAAUAAGUUCUAAUGGAAGCAACAGAGGUCCGACUGUGCUGUUCGCAAAAACCUCCACGAACUCUUUCUCCUGCUGGCACACAGCUUUGUAGGAAUGUGCAGACAGAAACUUGUACAGAUUCAGAUGGAGGGACAUCAGGCUCUGUGGGAGACAUCAACCAUAUGGACCAUCAAAAACAUAUAAAAAAGGAGGAACCUGAAGAGGAAGGCUACGUCUGUGAAGCAACGUCAGGUUCUGUGGGAUGCAUCACACCUGUGGACCACUACGUACAUGUAAAAAAGGAAGAACCUGAAGAUGAAGACUAUCUCUGUGGAGGGACGUCAAGCUCAGUGGAAAACAUAGACCAAGAGGACAGAGGAUUUCAGAUGAAGUACGUAAAAGAUGAAGAGUCUGAAGAUGAAGACUACCUCUGUACAACUACAGUCUGUGAGAUGAACGAUGCCCAGUUACAAGUCUUCUCCUGCUCCUGGUGUUCACUUUCCUAUACAUCUCAAAUUUACCUCCAUAAACACAUCAGAAGAUGCCACUAUGAGGAAUAUGACAGACUGCUAAAAUUGGGAGAGAUAAAAGAUGAGAAUCUUAUGACCACAAGAAGUGACAGUAUCCAGGAAACGGUGUCUGGUUCUGUCAGCAGUAACACGUCUAAUCAGCGAAUGCAGAAGGAAGUCUAUCCCUGCUCAGAGUGUGGGAGGAGUUUUACUGAUCAGAGUAAUCUGCGACGUCACCAGCGCAUUCAUACUGGAGAAAAACCACAUCACUGCUUACAGUGUGGGAAGAAUUUUAUUCGACAGAGUGAUCUCCAAAUACACCAGCGUGGUCACACAGGAGAGAAGCCUUAUCACUGCUCAGAGUGUGGGAAGAGUUUUACAACCAAGGGCAAUCUCCAAAUACACCACUCAGUUCACACAGGAGAGAAGCCGUACCACUGUCCAGAGUGUGGGAAGAGUUUCGCCCAGCAAGGUAAUCUCCAGCGACAUCAGCGCAUUCACAACGGAGAAAAGCCGUAUCACUGCUCACAGUGUGGGAAGAGUUUUAAUCAGCAAAGUACUCUUAAAGCACACCAGUUCAUUCACACAGGACAGAAGCCGUAUCACUGUUCCGAGUGUGGGAAGAGUUUCGCCCAGCACAGUAAGCUCCAAAGACACCAGCACAUUCACAGUGGAAAAAAAACUCUCCUCUGCUUACAGUGUGGCAAGAGUUUUACAACCAAGGGCAAUCUCAUACAACACCAGUGCAUUCACAUCGCUGAGAAAACGUUUCAGUGCGUACAGUGUGGACGAAGAUUUACUAAUUCAGGUGCAUUUAACAUACACAAGUGCUCCAACAUGGAGCCGUCACUUUCCUCUGAGGUCCAGCCAUGCUCUUCUAGAAAACAUCCACAAACUCCUGCUGGCUCACAGCUUUAUGGGGAUGUGCAGACAGAAACUUGUACGGCUUCAGGUGGAGGGACGUCAGGCAAUGAGGGACAGAUCACACCUGCUGGACAUGAACAUGUAAAAAAGGAGGAACCUGAAGGUGAAGCGACAUCAGGCUCUGUGGGACACAUCGCACCUGUGGACCAACAGAAACAUGUAAAAAAGGAAGAACCUGAAGACAAUAUCUGUGGAGGGACAUCAAACUCAUUGCAAAAUCUGGACCAACGGAACGGAAGAUUUCAAAUGAAGCAUGUAAAAGAGGAAGAGUCUGAAGAUGAAGACUACCUCUGUACACCAGAAAUGAACAACACUCACUUACAGUCCUUCUCCUGCUGUUGGUGUUCACUUUCCUAUACAUCUCAAAUUUACCUCCACAAACACAUCAGAAGAUGCCACUAUGAGGAAUAUCAGAGACUGAUGAAAUUAGGAGAGAUAAAAGAUGAGAAUCUUAUAACCACCAGAAGCUCCAAUGUCCAGCGAACAAUUUCUGCUUCUCUCAACGGUAACACCUGUAACCAACCAAUGCGGAAGGCAGUCUAUCCCUGCUCACAGUGUGGGAAGAGUUUUACUGACCAGAAAAAUCUCAGACGCCACCAGCGCAUUCACACAGGAGAGAAGCCGUACCACUGCUCAGAGUGUGGAAAGAGUUUUAAUCAACAGAGUAAUCUUAAAGCACAUCAGCGCACUCACAAUGGAGAGAAGCCGUAUCACUGCUCACAGUGUGGCAAGAGUUUUGCUCGACAUGGUAAUCUCCAACGACAUCAGCGCAUUCACACAGGAGAAAAGCCAUAUCUCUGCUCACAGUGUGGGAAGAGCUUUAUUCAACAAAAUGCUCUUCAAAUACACCGGCGCAUUCACACAGGAGAGAAGCCGUAUCACUGCUCAGAGUGUGGAAAGAGCUUUAUUCAACAAAGUGACCUCCAGAUACACAAGCGCAUCCAUACAGGAGAGAAGCCGUAUCACUGCUCACAGUGCGGAAAAAGUUUUAAUCAACAUUAUAUUUUAAAAGCACACCAGUUCAGUCACACUGGAGAGAAGCCGUAUCACUGCUCACAGUGUGGCAUGCGUUUUUCCCACCACAGUAGCCUUCAUCGACACCGACGCAUUCACACAGGAGAGAAACCGUAUCACUGCUUUCAGUGUGGGAAGAGCUUUACACAACAGAGUCAUCUCAAAGCACACCAGGCCAUUCACACAGGACAGAAUUACAUGGAAUCAGCAGGGAUGAGACCGGGCUCUUCUAGAAAACCUUCACACACUCCUCAUCCCACUGACUUACAGCUUUGUGGGAAUGUGCGGACAGAAAAAUAUACGGCUUCAGGUGGAGGGACAUCAAGCUCUGUAGAGCACAUCACCUGUGUGACCCUUCAGAAACAUGUAAAUAAUGAAGAAACUGUAGAUGAAGAAUAUCUCGUUAAUGAAAUUUCAGGUGAAGCGACACCAGCCUCUGUGGGACACUUCACACCUGUGGACCAACAGAAUCAUGUGAAAAAAGAAGAAUCUGAAGAUAAACACUAUCUCUGUGCUGGGACAUCAAACUCUGUGGAAGAUGUAGACCAAAGUAAUGGAGAAUUUGAAAGGAAGCGAGUAAAAGAGGAAGAGUCUGAAGAGGAAGGCAAUCUCCAUACAAGGACAGACUGGGACAUGGAUGACAUGGUUUCCUGCUCCUGCUGUUCACUUUCCUAUACAUCUCAAAUUUACCUCCACGAACACAUCAGAAGAUGCCACUUUGAGGAAUAUCAGGGACUAGUACAAUCAGGAGAGUUAAAAGAUGUGAAUCGUAUCCCCACAAUAAGCUCCGGUAUUCAGCAAACGGCCUCUGUUACACUCGACAUUAACACCUCUAAUAAACAAAUGGAGAAAGAAGUCUAUUCCUGCUCACAGUGUGGGAAGAGUUUUACUAAACUGCGAAGUCUGAGACAACACCAGCGCAUUCACACAGGAGAGAAGCCGUAUCACUGCUCACAGUGUGGGAAGAGUUUUAAUCAACAGAGUCAUCUCCAAGCACACUUGCAUGUUCACACAGGAGAAAGACCAUACUCCUGCUUAGAGUGUGGGAAGAGCUUUAUUCAGAGGAGUAACCUACAAACACACCAGCGCAUUCACACAGGAGAAAAACCAUAUUCCUGUUUGGAGUGUGGGAAGAGCUAUAUUCGACAGAGUGAACUACAAAUACACCAGCGCAUUCACACAGGAGAAAAGCCGUAUCACUGCUCGGAAUGUGGAAAACGCUUUAUUCGACAGGGUGAUCUACAAAUACACAAGCGCAUCCACACAGGAGAAAAGCCUUAUUCCUGCUCACAGUGUGGAAAGAGUUUUAACCAAAGGAAUCACCUUCAAGCCCACUUGCACAUUCACACAGGAGAAAAACCAUAUUCCUGUUUAGAGUGUGGAAAGAGCUUUAUUCGACAGAGUGAACUACAAAUACACCAGCACAUUCACACAGGAGAAAAGCCAUAUCACUGCUCGGAAUGUGAGAAGAGCUUUAGUCAACAGAGUAAUCUACAAAUACACCAGCGCAUUCACACAGGAGAAAAGCCAUAUCACUGCUCAGAGUGUGGAAAGAGUUUUAAUCGACAGAGUAACUUACAAGCACACCAGCGCAUUCACACAGGAGAAAAACCGUAUCACUGCUCAGAGUGUGGGAAGAGUUUUAAUCGACAGAGUCAUCUAGAGUUACACUUGCGUAUUCACACAGGAGAAAAACCAUAUUCCUGCUCACAGUGUGAAAAGUGUUUUAUUCGACAGAGUGACCUGCAAAUACACCAGCGCAUUCACACAGGAGAAAAACCAUAUUCCUGUUCACAGUGUGGAAAGUGUUUUAUUCGACAGAGUCAUCUACAAAUACACCAGAGCACUCACACAGGAGAAAAGCCGUAUCACUGCUCAGAAUGUGGGAAGAGCUUUAGUCGACAGAGUAAUCUACAAGUACACCAGCGCAUUCACACAGGAAAAAAGCCACAUCACUGCUCGGAAUGUGGGAAGAGCUUUAGUCGACAGGGUGAUCUACAGAAACACCAGAGCAUUCACACAGGAGAAAAACCGUAUCACUGCUCAGAGUGUGGAAAGAGUUUUUCCCAAAAAAGUAAUCUUCAGCGACACCAGCGCAAUCACUAAGGAGAAAACAAAACGUAUUAUUGCUCAUACUGUAGGAAGAUGUUUACAGAUAAAGAUACUCUCAAAGUACAUCAGUGCAUUCAUCAUGCAGAAAAGGUGUAAGAGUGCUUAAAGCAUGGGAAGAGUUUUAAUUAAAAGAGUAAUUUUAUACAACACUAAUAACUUCACAUAGCAUAGUAGCUGAUUUGAGCUGAUUUUUUUUUUUUUUUAAACGUUUUAGGUGCCUUUAAUUGCCUUUUCUGUGUAAGGUAUAUACACUAUCAUGCAAAAGUUUGGAAUCACUCAGAAAUUGCCUUGUUUUUGAAAGAAAAUUUAUCUUCAGUUAAAAUAACAUUAGAACAGAAAUAUAGUCUAGACAUUAUUAAUGUUGUAAAUGAUUCUUAUAGAUGGAAACAGCUGAUCCCAUUGCAGCUAAUCUUAAGUUAUCAUGUAAAAAGGCUAAUUCAUCAUUAGAAAACCCUUGUGCAAAUAUGUUAGAAAGAAAAAAGUGCCCAUCAAACUAAUCCAACUUGUGGGAGGUACUUCAGGACGUGUGGAGUGAAAUUGAUGCAGAUUACCUCAAUAAACUGAAUGCCGAAGGUCUACAAGGAUGUAAUCGCUGCAAACAGAGGAUGAGAUUCUUUGAUGAAAGCGAAGUAUGAAGUACUAAAUUGUUAUUUUGAGUAGAAAUAAUUAUUUCUACCCUUGUCAGUGUGUUGACUGUAUUUCUUUUUGCAACUUAUUUGAUGAAUGAAAGUAUGGGUUUCAUGGAAAAUGUGCAAUUUUCUAAAUGAUUCCAAACUUUUCAAUAGUAUUGAAUGUAUUGAGUGUGGCUGAAUGUAUUACUGUAUGCUGUGAAUAUGGUUCACAACACAGCAAGUUUCUCCUGGGACAUUUUGGUGCUGGUCACUGUAUCUGGGAAUGAUUCAGUUUACUAACGGGUAAGAUUCCAGCCUGUCAAGUCACAAACCUGUUUUCGUUUCCCAUAAUGCAUAGCUCAUCACCAGGCAUAGAGUGAUGCUGCAUAAAAUAACAUGCUCUUGGUUCAGCCUGACUCCACUGAUUUUUGUUGUGUUUUCACUUACAGUAUGCUUCAUUAUUGCAAUAAAGACUUUUUCACCAUUACAAA